AUUUGCAAAUGGUUGUCCCUAAGGCUAAAGUGCCGGAUAUUCUACGGCUGUACCAUAGUGGUUGUUCAGGAGGCCACCUGGGAGUUAAACGAACUCUCCUGAAGAUCCGAGAACGGUUUUACUGGGUCCACUGUCGUGACGAUGUCGAGGACUGGUGCCGCAAAUGUACAAGUUGUGCGGCUGUAAAGGGACCUCAAAUUCGUAGUAGAGGCGCAUUGAAAUUGUACAAUGUUGGUGCACCAUGGGAGAGGAUAGCCAUUGCGGGGCCGUUUCCAGAAACUGAAAGUGGUAACAAGUAUUUCAUGGUAGUGAUGGAUUACUUCACUAAGUGGCCAGAAGUCUUCGCCAUUCCAAAUCAAGAAGCUUCAACAGUUGCAGAUAAACUAGUUCAUGAAGUCUUCUGUCGUUUUGGAGUACCUUUAGAGAUUCACAGCGAUCAAGGAAGGAAUUUUGAGUCCCAAAUAUUCCAGGAAACUUGCCGAGUUAUGGGUACUCAGAAAACACGAACAACUUCUUACCACCCACAAUCUGAUGGAAUGGUAGAAAGAUUUAAUCAGACAUUGGAGAGGUACCUAGCAAAAGUUGUGGAAAAACGGCAACGAGACUGGGACAGGCACAUACAACCGUUUUUGUUGUCAUAUCGAAGCGCUGUUCACGAAAGUACAUCAGUGACACCAGCUUUCGCAAACUUUGGGAGAGAAUUGCGGCUGCCUGCAGACCUGAUCACCGGAAUACCACCUGAUGCCCCACGCAGUAUAACCGAUUAUGCAAAUGACUUGCGGAACAAAAUGAAUGACAUUUAUGAGCACGUCAGACAGACGGGCCAGCAAACGUCUGAGAAGAUGAAAACACGGUAUGACCGCAAAAUGAACAACAAGGGCUUUGAUGAAGGUUCACUAGUGUGGUUACACAAUCCAGUUCGCAGCAAAGGGAAAUCUCCUAAGAUUCAAGCUAAAUGGGACGGACCGUACCGGAUUGUGACAAGGAUCAAUGAUGUAACCUACCGGAUACAGAAAGGUGCCAGAGGUACUCAUAAGAUUGUCCAUGUGGAUCGACUGGCGCGUUAUUAUGGGACCAAUAAUGCUCGGGACGAGCAUGUCUUAGGAGGGGGCAGUGUUACGCGCCACUAUUAAUGUCUUGUACAUGGCAACACUAGUUACACUAGCGCCCCCUAGUGUCGAGUAAAUGAAAGUAUUGCGCGCCACUAUUAAUGUCUUGUACAUGGCAACACUAGUCACACUAGCGCCCUCUAGUGUCGAGUAGCAGAACUAGGAGAGUCGAGAUCCUUCCAGAAAUUUCGGGACCGAUAUGUACUCGAACAUUCUAGAUGUCGCUACAGUAGAAGGUUCUGGAAACUAUCUGAGGCCCUAUAUAAGACCGGUAUAGACCACGACCGGGGCAGUAUUGAAUUGGCGAUACAAGAGAAUACUUCGGAGCGAAAUAACGGCGAACUGUGUUUUAUUAUUAGUGUGAUUUUAGAUUGUAAUUAGUGUUGUGUAAUUAAAGUGUCAAUUUUGGUAAUUCAAUCGGCAGUUUUUAAUUGUCUCGAACCCCAAGUUCGUAACAAUAUCUAAUCUCUUUAAAAUCAAUCUAUUUACAUUUAAGUAUGCUAAUGUGCUGUAAUCAAAAUGACUUCGAACUAUACUUUUAUAAAGCAUUGAUAACAACUUUGGGUCAGCUCCCCAAUGCACACCUGCUAAUGAUUUUAACACAUUGAGACCCCUACAGGCAUUUUUACACAGAUUAUUUACAUGUUCUUGGAAAGUUAGCUUCUGAUCAAGCAAUAUACCUACAAAUUUUUUUGUCUGUAACAAAGGCAAUGGUAUAUUAUUAUAUUUUAAUAAAUUAUCAUAUGUAUAAUAUUUUUUGGAAAAAAUGAGAGCUCCAUUUUUACUAGGACUAAUGUUUAAUUUCAACAUAUUUGAAUAAAAAUCAUGAAUUUGCUCUAAUGCUAAAUUUAAAUUGUUUACCGCUAUAUUUACAUCUUUAUUUACAGUAUAUACAAGAUCAUCAGCAAAUUGCAAAAAGCUUAUAUUUCUGUUUCUAAUAUAUUUACUUAUUAAACAUGUAUAUAUAUUAUAUAACAAGGGAGAUAUAGUAGCACCCUGCAUGGUGCCUUUGUAUACAUUUCUAGGGCCAUGUAUUAUGUUAUUAAAUUUAACAUACAUAGUUCGGUCAUAUAGCAAAUUAAAAAUACAUUUAUAUACUUUUCCAGGAAUACCAAUCUCACACAGAAUAUUUGCCAAUAUGGAAGGAUCUACAUUAUCAAACGCACUUUGUAUAUCAAUAAAUGCACAAACUGUAGUUGCAUGUCUGUUAAAACAAUGAUUUAUAUCUGAGACAAAACUCUCUGCUGCACUUUUUCCUUUCCGAAAACCAAAUUGUUGUUCGGGUAAAAUAUUAUUUGCUUCUAUGUAAUAAUCUAGUCUGUUUUUCAACAUAUAUUCAAAUAAUUUUCCUACACAAGAGGAAAGUGAAAUUGGCCUGUAGGAGUUGAAGUCAUGUUCUGGUUUAUCAGGUUUCAAAAUAGGUAUCACACUGCGUUUUCCAAGACUUUGGAAUACAUUGAUUGUCCCAAAGCAUAUUCAAUAUUUUUUAAAUAGUUUUUUGACCAUUAACAUGCAUGUUGCUAAUAAGUUUGUAUGGAAUAUCAUCCAAUCCCGGAGUGGAAUCUCUCCUUGAUUGGAUGGCUGCAGUAAAUUCAUGCCAAGUAAAUUCUUUCAAUAGAAAAGAGCUACUGUCAGUACCUAUCUGAUUAAAUAUUGUAUUUAAGUUUAAAAUAUCUAUUUCCUUUUCAGAAGGUGUUGUUAUGGGUGCAUAUUUAUCUAAAAACGAAGGAAUCCAAUCAUCAUUUUUUGAUGGCUUAUGUACAGCUUCCGAACAGUCCGCGUCCCACCAAGGAACUGGUUUUCUCAUAACAAACACAUUAGGUUUGGAAAUUAUAGCCUGGAACUUUGACCAUCAUAUACAUGCCAAUCACAUAAAUGAAUUAAAGAAGGACUAACAAAUGAAAUAUCGAUAGAAGAUUGAUUAAAAUUAAUGCUUCCUACUGUAGUUGGAGAUCCAUUAUUUAAUAUGCAAAAAUUACAUUCGUCUAACAUGUUAUAGAUAUCAGUGCCUCUAGUUUUUGUUGUGAGACAUCGAAAAGCAAUAUGAUGAGCAUUUAAGUCACCUGAAUGCAAAAGUGGCGUAGGUAGACUGUUAAUAAUUGUUUUAAUCUUCUGACCUUAAAGCGACCUCCACUGGGUGGGGCAUAGACACAUAAAAUGGAUAUAUUACCUUGACUCGUAGUAAGGGUUAUAGCUACAGACUGCAUAUAAUCAUAGAACGGUGCGGGGACAACAAAAUAUUUGAAACUAUUUCUAAUUAAUAUUGCUACUCCACGUCCAUUUUUUCCAUUUUGAUUGAUGAAAUUAUAGUUAGGAAUGUUGAUAGUUCUAUUCUCUCGCAUUUAACAGGCAAAUAUCUAUAUCAUUCUCAACUAGAUAAUUAAUAAGUAAAGAUUUUUUAUUAUUAACAGAUUGUAUAUUAAAUUGUGAAAUUCGAAUAAAUUGUUUAUUCAUUGUUUUUAAGAUUACUAAUAAGCAUUUCUUUUAUACUUGAUGUAGUCAGUUUACGACCUGAGUUACCCAUGGCCACCAAUGCUCCAAUAAUUGAUUUCAAAAUAUUGUCAUUUGUUAUAAUUUGGUCAAUAAGUGUGUCAUUAUUAUAAAUUGUGGUAUUCGUUUGGGUAGUUUCCGUCUUUGAUUUGUGUACUUUAGGAGAGUCAUUAGAUUUAACUUGUGAUUGAUCUGUUUUUGAGUCCAUUGGUUUUUUUUUUGUAGGCAUUUAAGGGAAAUUUUCGUUAUAAUUGUUAAAUAAAUUCUUAGUUUGUUUUGUUUGUAAGACUUUAGCAUAAGUAGACCUAUUAUAUUUUUCAUC